CGGGGCUGGAGCUUCGGCGGUUGAACCGCUCGCGCCGAGGGGUGGCGGCGGAGAAGCGACACUGGCCAUGGACCAGCCGGCCGGCCUGCAGGUGGACUACGUCUUCCGGGGUGUGGAGCACGCCGUGCGGGUGGUGGUGUCGGGACAGGUGCUGGAGCUGGAGGUGGAGGACUGCAUGACGGCUGACCAGUGGCGGGGCGAGUUCGAUGCCAGCUUCAUCGAAGACUUGACUCACAAGACAGGGAACUUCAAACAGUUCAGCAUCUUCUGUAACAUGCUGGAGUCGGCCCUCACCCAGAAGAUUCAGAUCACAGAGAAAUGUAAAGAAGAAAGAAAGAAAUCACUCCUAAUGCUCCUGAGCAGCGAAUCCGUCACCCUUGACCUGUUGACCUACACAGAUCUGGAGUCCCUGCGGAACCGCAAGAUGGGGGGCCGCCCAGGUCCCUCAGCCGCGAGGUCGGCCCAGCUCAACUCCAAGCGCUACCUGAUUCUCAUUUACUCCGUGGAGUUCGACAGGAUUCACUACCCGCUGCCCCUCCCGUACCAGGGCAAGCCGGACCCCGUGUUCCUUCAGGGCAUCAUCCGCUCACUGAAGGAGGAGCUGGGCCGCCUUCGAGGGCUGGACGGCCAGGACCCUCGGGACACCCGGGAUUCUGAGCUCUGGCACCUGCGGGAGCAGGCGUCGCGCUUAGCUUCCGAGAAGCGGGAGCUGGAGGCCCAGCUGGGCCGAGCGCGCGAGGAGGCGCUGGCCGGGCGGGCGGCGCGCCAGGAGGCCGAGGCGCUGCGCGGGCUGGUGCGCGGCCUGGAGGCGGAGCUGCGGCAGGAGCGGGAGCGCGGGCCCCGCGGGUCGGGCCGCCGCGGCCAGGACUGCCGCCGCCUGGCCAAGGAGCUCGAGGAGGUGAAGGCGUCUGAGCGGAGCCUGCGCGUCCGGCUGAAGACGCUGAACAGCGAGCUGGCCGCCUACCGGAGGGGGAGACGGGCUUCGCCGGUGGUGCCGCGCCCAGCCCGGGAGGACCGGGCAUCGUCGUCCAGGGAGCGGUCCAGUUCGCGUGGCCGCGGCGCCGCCCGCUCUUCCUCCCGGGAGAGUGGCCGCGGGGGCCGGGGCCGAGGCCGCCCUGCCCGCACCUCACCCUCGCCCUCAGGUGGUCGCUUGCCCCGUUUUGACCCCACAGCCUUCGUGAAAGCCAAGGAGAAGAAACUGCGGGAGAUCAAGAUGAAGCAGCAGCAGCGGAACCGACUGGGCAGCGGAGGAAGCGGGGACGGGCCGUCCAUCUCCUGGGCUCGCCAGGCUCGCCCCCCUGCUGCCGGGACCGGCCGAGGGGACGCGGCUAACCGCUCCCGGAACCGCAGCUCCUCCGUGGACAGUUUCCGCAGCCGCUGCUCGUCCGCCAGCUCCUGCAGCGAGUUCGAGGAUUUCUCCGAAUCCCUCUCUAGAGGCAUUCGCCGCCACCGUGGGAAGCGGCCCAGCUCCACAACCUUGAGUGGGUCCAACACGUUGCAGAAGUUCACCCCCAUGGAACGUGGCCGUCGACCGAAGCAUCUGGCCAGUUCUGGGGGCUGGGUCCCCAUCAAAGGUGAGCCUGGGACUCCACAUCUUCCCCUCGCAUGCCCAGAGUCUGCUGGGGUGGUACCGAGGGCAUUUAUUGGGCCCCCGAGCUCCCUGUGGCUUCAGCCCCUCACGGUCCCCCAAACCCACGUCUGCUCUCACAGAGUACAGCUCUGACUACCAGGCAACCGACAUAGCAGAAAUAGACGCCCGGUUGAAGGCCUUGCAGGAAUACAUGAACAGACUGGACACACGGUCAUGACCUUGAGAAGGAGCACUGCCCCUCCAUCCCUUACCCACCAAUGGGUUGGUAUGGGGGGCGGGGCUGGUGUGUCCUUCCAGCCCGGCCCAGGUCCCGACCCUCCUGGUGUUCUUGGGGUCUCAGGUGUGUGAGGCCCCUAUCCCUCUCACUCUCCCAGGCAUUGCAUGCUGGGAGAGAGGGUCUGUGUAUUUUGUAAAUAAACAUAUUUACCCUUGGGA